CUUUGUAAACAAACCAUCCCAAAACAAACUAGACCGUCCGCACGUGCGUCCACGAUGGCUGAUCCUUCCUCGUUCCUGGCAAAGCUGGUCGCUCCACGCUACCGGCAUGAAAUACUGGAGAUUGCUAACAGCAGUGUGGACCUUGGGGACAAGCACGUCAUCCUGAAGAAGAACAAAGCGAACGCGGGGAAGCUUACGCAAAAGAAACUUUCGCGCAGGGAAAUCAAAGAGCUUGGCCUGUACACCUUACCGCACGAUACGAUUACGUACCGAGAUGGGUUGAAGCUACACCGGAUGUGGCUCGGCUAUUACGAUACCUUCUUCCCGCCGGGAGAAUGUCCGGAUGUGACCGAGGCGAGAUACAACACGAUUGUAGCAAGCUUACUGAAGGCGGAUUAUCAUGGAGCCAAAAUUCACAUCGUUCGAUCGAAACAGCCCAGCGUGGUCGGCAUGAAGGGCAUCGUGGUACUGGACACGAAAGGAACCUUCAAGAUGAUUUCGAAAGACAACAAACUGCGAACAAUCCCGAAAAAUGAUUCCCAGUUCGAAGUGUUCCUACAAGAUAAGGUGAUAACGAUUUUCGGUAAACAUCUCAACGCGCGACCCGCCGAACGGUCGGUGAAAAAGAUGAAAACGUUCGCCUUUCCCGAUCUGUAGAGGGAAGUGGAGUUAGGUUUAGAAAGCGGAAGCCAUUGUGUGAUACAAAUUAACGUUCAAUCGAAUGUGUGCAGUAAUAUGCAUCAUCAGCUGGUACAAUGAAUAUAGAAAUGAAAAGAUUGUUAAAUAAAACCAUGAUUUUGGAGAAGCUUCGACAUGCUGCCAAGUACGACAGGUACGGAAAUCGGAAA